CCCGCCCCCCCGCUGCCGCCGUUGUCACAGCCACCGCCACUCCAGGGAUGCAUAUUUGAGUGGGUCUGCCGCCAUCCACAGCCAACGAGGCCCCUGGCAAUGUUCUCCUUCCCUCUCUCCCCCUUAUGAACAUUUGACUCUCCGCCCCUCGUGUGCCUUCCCCGCUCGGUCAAGACCAUAUGUCGAUGCUGGCAACAUGAGUCAAUUGCUCCCCCGUCUGGUCACCCUAGACAUCACUGGCACCGUCCUGCGCGUGAGCCAGGGCGGCCUCGGCUUUCAUUAUGGCAAGAUCGCUGCCCUCCAUAACGUAGCUGUGUCUCAGGACCUCGUCUCCGCCGCCUUCCUCGAAGAAUUCCGCCGGGCCUCGGAGCCCGGGACCCCGCCUUACGGGGGAGUUACUCCGGAGGCCCACCGAGCCUGGUGGUCCAACGUGGCGGCAGCCUGCCUGAUGAAGGGCCUGCCUGAGUCCGGGGCCCCUGACGAGACCCUGAAGGCCAUCUCGCACCAGCUGUAUGAUCACUUUCGCACGGCAGACGCCUGGGAAACCACGUCUCCCGGGGUGAAGGACACGCUGGCGGAGAUUCGCGCGGCCGGCGGCCCGGGUCCCCUUUGCUUGGGAGUGCUGUCGAAUUUCGAUGAACGUCUUGAGGAUAUCCUCAAGUCCUGCGGUCUUGAAAGCCAGUUCGACUUUGUUCUGACCAGCGGACUGACUGGCCUGAGCAAGCCGGCCGAGGAGAUCUUCCGUGCGGCACUGGCCCAGGGCCAAGCCAUCCUCGCGCGUCGGGAUCCGGCCAUGACCGAACCCCUGACCCCGGGCCAAUGCACACAUGUUGGGGACGAUGCGACCAAGGAUGUUGCCGGCGCUCUCGGCGCUGGCUGGCGGGCUGUAUUCAUCGGUGAGCCUGAGGACAAGAAGCUCAAGAAGGCUCUUGCCCGCCUGUCUCCUACUCAAGCGGCCGACUUGCCGAGGCGACUGGCAUUUGUUGAUCCAGCCUUGGGACUGGCCGGGGUGCCGGCUGCCUUGCAGCGUCUCGACGCCGCGGCAGCCAGCCCGCACUGAAGUCCUCGCCCCCGAUCGCUUUACUGUCCAAGAGUCUCCUUCUGUUGCCCUGAGCAGGCGUGUGUAUGUAUGUAUGUAUGUGUGUG